AUGGCCGGGCAAAAGACGGCGGGGCAAAGGAUGGCGGUGGUCGGAGAGCGACGCUCGUACAGUGGGGAUAUUUGCACAAUAAGGUUUAUCGGUAGCAUCCCUGACUGGAGCGAGCCAGCGCUCGGUGUCGAGUGGGACGAUCCCGCUCGUGGGAAGCACAGUGGAGAGCUGCACGGAGUGUCGUAUUUCGAGUGCAGGAUAGCUGGAUCCGGUAGUUUUGUGAAGGUGUCGCGUGAACCUGACCGAAGUCAGUCGCUAGAUGAGGCUCUGUGCGAUCGAUAUGUCUCGAGACACGAGAUCUCCGAGCCACAUAUUAGCCGGUCCAAAACCUUGCAAACAGUUGGGGCAGAGAAGCACUUACUGCGAACGUCGCAUGUCGACAAACUGCAGUUAGUCUCUUUGGCCGGCUGCUGCAUCAGCCGGUUUCAAUUGGCCCAUCAAUUGACAUCGCUGGCUCGCCUAGAUUUGAGCAACAACCUCUUUGAAUCUAUCGGGGAUCUUUGCGACAUUCUUGCAAGUAUGAAUGUACAGUCGCUCAAUUUGUCUGGCAAUCGGUUCGUUCCGGGUGGGAAGCCGGUGAACUCUGUCACAGAGCUAGACUUGUCUCGUACGUUGUUAGGUCGUGAAGAAACCAGUCAAGUUCUCGCAAGCUUCCCUAAUACAACUACGCUCAGUCUAGCAUCUAAUAUGCUUCAGAUGUGGCCUGACAUCAAGGUCCAGAGACUCGAUAUUUCCGACAACCUGCUGUGUUCGAUCCCAGAGCUCGACCUCGAGGAACUCAAUGUCAUGGGUAACCCCCUUGUUCAAAUCCCCGUGAUGCGAAUGCAUACUUUAUUUAUUGAUACAUUGCCUGGCGGAUGGGCUGACACCGUCAAGCUGAAAUGCCGAGAUUUACGGCUGGGCCCGCCGUUCGGAGACCAGCCGGUUUUUAUUAUUGGCCACUGUGCAUCUCUACAAGCAGUCAACGGCACAAAAAUUACCAGCCAAGAACGAACCGACGCUGAAAUUUAUACCCUGCGUCAGGCAGCCAGCGGAAGACACGAGCUAGACGCUGAUCGCUUUGCCGUUCUGUCGUCGCUAUACGGCACACCAGCUGUACGCCCGUUCUCACGAUCCAUACUUGCCAGGCAAUUAAGACUUGCUAUUGAAGGUACUACGUUUGAGAUUGUGAAUGAUGCUGGGGUCCAGAGACUGAUAAUUAUGGCGUCACAGCGACUUAACAAGCCACUUCUCGGUCUUACUCUUUCCUUCCGGGGCGAGCACAUUCGCACUGGAACGGUUGGUGACCAUUUUAAAGGUGGGGAAUCUGUAGAGCUGAUAUAUACUUAG